CGACCAUCCAAACCGGAGGCAGAUCGAGAUCGAGAUACCACAACACCUUGUACCUGAUUAUAGGGCCAUGGCUCAACAUACUCUGCUCCAGCCAUAGGACUAGGUCCUAAUAACAUGCUCAACGUUCGCAUCUCCUCUUUGCCCCCGGAUCGGCAGACGGCUGCCAAAGAUUGCCGGCGAUGCAUCAAGCGUCGCAUCAAAUGUGAUCGGAGUACUCCGCGAUGUCGCAAAUGUACCAUUCGCGAUUUUCAAUGCCCGGGGUAUGAUACGAUUCAACUCAAAUGGGGCCUUGGAGUCACUCGGAUACAGAAGCCAUCCGAAAGGCCAUCAAUCAACCAAUCAAACGACAGCACCAAAGAUGCAGAUAAAUCUGCGAUCGCAGCUCUAGUUCCCCAGACUGGGGCUUCUCCUGGACGAGAUAUCGUCCUCGGGGUGGAUCACAACUCUCCAAUAUCAAUUACAAGAACACCAUCGCCUACAAUCGACAGGCCUCUAGUCGAUAGCUAUACAUCAGCCAUCCUAUCGCACAAUCUGUUUACUCAUUUCAACAUCAAGGUCGCUCCCCGGUUGACCUGGGUGGAUCGACCGGACCAUCCCUGGCGCAAAGUCAUCGCACCUCUCGCACAGCGCUCGCGAUGUCUUGGCCUCUCAAUCCUCAGCGUCGCAGCAGCCCAUCUAUCAUUCACAUCAUCAGAUAUUCCCUCUACAGCCACACCGAGCAGCAACCACCGCCUCCGCGAUGCAAGUCUCCACACGCUCAACCAAAAGAUUAAUACCGAGCUAGCAAAUUACCACUCAACCACCGACCACCUCUCCCGAGACUCAACCUUGAUCGAAAUCCUAGCAACGACAUUAGUCCUUUGCUACGGCGAAAUGCUUAUCCCGCACUCGACAGACUGGAAUCUCCACCUCCACGCCUGCCGCAUCCUCAUCGAGCGCUACACCUGGCGCAACAGGCACGCCGCAACACCCAAUGCCGCAAUCGACUUUAUCAUCCGCGAAGUUGCCGACAUAGAAGUCUUCCGCAACAUCGGUGCCUUCUCCAGCGAACAACCCUUUAUCACAGACGCACUCCAUCCACACUCCAAGUCAAUCCUACUAGACGACUACUUCCACACCUUCACGGGCGUCUUUCGCGAAAUCACCGCCGAAGAGCGACGCCGAUAUACCCUUUCCCAAAGGACCAAAGACCACGAUUAUACAGAUAAACCACAACCCCCGUCCCCUCUCCCACCCGUCGACAUGGCCCCCUGGCGCGCAAAAGUCGAUCUAGCCCACGCCCGAGCCUUGGCCGAUAUAACCCGACUAAUCACAACGCACGGUACCAACACCCAACAAUGGAUGCACUCGAUCGUUCGAGCCGUCUACCACGCCAGCCUCAUCUACGCCUACCAAUCCCUCGCCCCUCUUCCCGAAGCCACCGCCGAAAUCGGGGCCUCACUACCGAUCCUCCUCGCCGAAAUCGAAUUCCUAACCGCCGGCCCGGUCCAUAGCUUCUCGCACGACAUUUUCGUGCCGCUCUUCAUUGCGGGGACGGAAUGCUGGGAUGACGGGCGUAGACAAGAGGCCGUCGAGAGACGCUUUAGGGAGCUGUUAGCGGCGAUGGGGAUUUGGUGCAAUUUUACGGCGUUGAGGUUUUUAAAGGCCUUUUGGGGGAGGAAAGAGUAUCAUCGUGUUGGGGGGUGGAUUCCGUACGCGAGAGAGAAUGAGGGUGAUAAUGGGCCUUUUCUUGUUUUUUGAUUGGGACGGAAUGGAGGAUCUAAAAUAGAAUUAUGGAGUUAUGGAGUAUACUAUGUGAAGGAGAAUAGUAUUUAACCGGGACUACACAUUACAUUUACCCCGAGACACCCUUGCCGGCCUGGAUAAC